AAUAACGUUGCCGUUACUAUUGCGGGAUCAAAUGGUCACCUUGAAUUAAAUGUCUUUAAACCGGUGAUUAUACAUAAUAUUUUACAGUCAAUUGAUUUAAUUGCUACUGCUAUUAAUAGCUUUGUAGUUCAUUGUAUUGUGGGUCUUGAACCAAACGUAGAAAAUAUAACUCGAUUAGUCAAGCAAUCAUUAAUGUUAGUAACUGCAUUAAAUCCAUAUAUUGGCUAUGAUAAAGCGGCAAAAAUUGCCAAGAAGGCUUACCACGAGGGCAUUACCUUAAAAGAAGCGGCGGUAAAAUUACAGCUUCUUACAAGUGAAGAAUUUGAUAAAAUAGUAAUAGCAGAGAAAAUGAUAUAG